CGGACGGACGGGAGCGGCCACCUGACGGUCUGAGUGUUUUGAAAUGUUGUGAUUGUUUUUGAACUUGCGAUUGAAGAUGUCGAGAGUCAACACGCUGACACUUUUCGUGCCGAGCGGAGUGCCGAAGUGUGAAGAACUGGCUAUCAUUUUAACGGAAGAACUGGGAUUGAGUCUGUCUGAGAUUGACUGCGUGCAGUACGAGCAUCGUUCGAAGUACGUGCACGUGAAACUGCAUGACGACGAGAAGCUGGACGACAUCUUGAGGGAGCCUACGCGCUGGAUUGGUGACGCCGACAACGAAUUCGCCGUCGUGUGUUUGCUGAACGGAGCCAAGGUCACCAACAUCAAGAUCCAGCACCUGCCGGUUGAAGUAGAAGAGGACGAACUUUGCGAGGCGCUGAGUGAGUACGGCUGUAUGGUGGGGCUCGACUUUGAGCACUACGAAGAUGGGCCUUUCAAGGGACUGAAGACCGGGGCGCGGCUGGGCAUGAUGUCCAUCUGCAAGCCCAUUCCUAAUUUUGUACAAAUCUGUGGCUUUGAAGUAUUCCUGACGUACCCAGGACAGCCAAAAACAUGCAAGAUUUGUGGGGGUACAACCCAUCUCCGUGCCCAGUGCAGCGAGCGCCGCUCGAAGCUUGUUGUUUCGGACGCACACCCGGAGCCUUGCCCGGCCAGCGGCGACCCGCCCCCCCUCCUCCCCCCUGCCGACGACGCCAAGCCGCCUGCAGCUCAAGCAGCCGACGCGGACGCGACCCAACAGCCACGCGCGUCAACAGGCGACGUCACGCUCCCAGCAGCCGACGAGCCGCCAAAGCAACAACCGGUGGGCGAGCAGAAGACGGAGGGCGGGGGAGGCAACAGUGAAGAGCACCAAAACGCAGGAAAAUGGCAAAACUUUGAGGAGGUGUUGGCGAGAAGAAGAAAAUUAAGCGACAGUAGAAAAAGACAGGCAAGUGGAAGUCCGGAAAUGGCCGUUAGAAGAACAAGUACGAGAAGCAAGAAAGAAAAGAACCCAGCCAAGAAGAAAUGAAAUUAUUUAAUUUUUAAAAUGUACUGUUUGCUCUGAUUUUAUUUUUGAAUUUUGAAGUACUGAAUAUUGUAUUCUCACGAUUUCUAUUGAUC